AGCGACAAGUCGGGAUGGGGUAUUCUGGGUACGGAGGAAAGGGCGAAUGCCUUGCCGGGACCUGGGUACCGCGCUCGCGACGGUUGAGCUGCGCUUGAGCCUGAUGGACCUAGAAUUCUGGGGAACAGUGGAAGCUCGAGGAUGGGUCUACCUAUCACAGGAAUUGGAAAAUGGAAUGGUAGUGGGACUAGUAUUGGGCACGGCACCGGAUCAGCUGUUUAGGCAAGCGGAACGGGAAGUGGUGUGGGCAGCGUGUCAGCGGGCAGAAAUGGAGAUGGAAAGGAUGGAGCAGACGGCAGAAUUUAAGGCAAGGCUUAUCGAGCAGAUGAUGGCCGAGGAUGAGGAGGACCCCCAGGGCACAGGGUCACGUGAGGGACGCAGGACCGGUCAGGACGAGACCAGGUAUGAGGAGAAGGAUAAUAGCCACAAAAGAACGCCUAGCAAGAAGGGGAAGGACAAGAACGACCCCCCGGCGGAGGGGACGAAAAACGCUAUGACCCCGCCUGCCAUCGACAGCGGCACUAGCCGACUGCCAGCCACGCCAAAAGUAACAGGGGCGUGCGACGGACUCUGGAGCCUUAGGGAAAGGGUGCUAGGAUGGUUCGACCCAGAAGGAACGUCGAAAACCAGGGAAAAGCAGAGGGAAAGCAAGGAAGGGGAAGGGACCAGUGCAGCCGGAGAAGCGGGUGGCUCCGAAGAUGGUCUCAAGAGAGUAGUCGCCACCCUCACCAAGACGCUGAACAAGAACCAGGGGUAUCUCGCAGAUGCAAAAAAGAAACUCACGUUCGAUGGGGCCAACAUUACGGAGUUUCUAGUAGAUUAUGAGAACCUAGCAGCCUUACUAAAAUGGACAGAAGAGAAAAAGAUGGAGCACCUAGGGCAGCACGUGUCGCUAAGCUUGGGAAGGGACAUUAUGGCCAUCGUCGCCUCAAGUGGAUCCUGGAAAGAAACCAGGAAUGAGAUGAUGAAGAAAUACUUGAAGGCAGAGAAAAUGGCAACAGAGGCCGAAUUAGCCGCAUUCCAGAGAAAAAACUAUGCGACUUACAACGAUUUCCUAAGGGCGUUCACGUUAGUGGCUCUGCAAAUUCCCGGGGUAACAGACCGCAUAAUGAGUAAAUACUUCCUCAGAAAGUUUUCCGAGUUUGAUAAAGAUAAGAUUUUGUCAGCAUACCAGCAGACCAGUAAGUUCGAAUACACGAGAGAUGUGGACUUCAGCACCGUAACAGACCUUGCAGAAAAAACAGUGGUCACCGAGACGCUAGCCCUGCUUAAGGAAGGGGAGGUCAUAGAUCUCACCGGAAAGACGGGGGAUAAGGUCAAGAAGGGGAUAGAGAGCCUGCACGAACGAGUGCACGGGGUUGACAGCAAGAUGGACAGAAUGGAAAGCGCGUUAUUAGUGAUGCAGGCGCAAGUAUCCCGACCCGCCCUCCCGCCCCAAGAAGCCGUGGUUUCGGCAGCUGUAGCAAACCGGGGAUUUGGCAGGAGGGACCCGGCCAACGAACAAUGCAAAUAUUGCACCAUGAUUGGGCAUUUCGUACCGGCCUGCCCGAGAUUCAAUCACGACAUCGAGCGGCAAAGGAAGCCCAAUAAGACACUCAGGUGGAUCCAGGACCUGCAGAAGCUCAAUGCGGUAACAAUUAGGGACGCAGACUCGCUUCCACAGGCCGACUUAUUGGCAGGAUCUCAUGCAGGGCGGAGCGUUUACUCCCUAGUAGACUUGUACUCAGGAUAUGAUCAGUUGCCGCUCGACGCGAGGGAUAGACCGUAUACCGCAAUGCACACCCCGGUAGGACAGCUGCAGAUGCAAGUGACCCCUAUGGGCUUCACAAAUGCGGGAGCAGAAGCUCAGAGGAGGAUGCUCACCGUCGCAAGGGAUAUGUUUCCGGAAAAUUGUGAACCUUACAUAGAUGAUAAUCCCGUGAAAGGCGGAAGAUACAACGAUGAGGCGGAACGAUUCCUAGUCUACAACAUUACUGCAAGAGGACCCAAGAGCAUCCUGGCCGUCCCGGAAGUAACCAUACUGGGAUUUCGCUGUGGAGCUUAUGGGAGGAGACCCGAUCCAGCAAAGACUGAUAAGAUCUCUCAGUGGCCGACACCCCUGCAUACCACGACGGAAGUACGAGCCUUCCUAGGGGUGGUUGGGUUCUGGAGGAUCUUCAUCAAAGGUUUCGCAAAGAUAGCAGAACCCAUCCGCGCGAUGAUUAGGGAAGGUGGCACUAUGGAUUGGACCGAGGAUAGGGAAGAGGCAGCCCAGACCCUGAAAGACAUCCUGUCAUCCGAUCAGGUCACGUUAGCAGCACCCUGUUUCAAUGACGAGGUAGGACGGCCCUUCAUCUUAGAAACAGUCGGGGGACCAUUGGCAGUGGGAGAAGUAUUGAUACAGAGAAGCGAGGAGGGCAAAGAAAGACCAAUCAGAUUUGAAAGUAGGACCCUGAAUUCAGCAGAACGAUGGUAUUUGCAGUUCAAGAAGGAGGUCUUAGCAAUCUUGCAUUGUCUUAAGACCUUCCAGGCAUACCUGUGCGGGAGGCGAUUUAUCCUAAGGAUCGAUCCCACCAACGUUGCCGGAGCCCUAAAGAACUACAAGCCCAUAGACCUGACUGUUGGCAGAUGGAUAGGCUUCAUAUGGCAAUUCGACUAUAAGGUCGAGCGAAUUGCAAGGCUUCGAAAUAGGGCAGAUGGGCUGAGCAGGGUUUGUAUCACGCCAGAAGGAGUAGAGGACGCAGAACCAAUUGACGCCUUCCUAGAGUACGAAGGAGGGACCCUUGUCGUGGAUAAUGAGAUGGCAGAUCCGGCAAUUACAACAGGAUAGUUGCUGAUUCAGACCUUGGAAAAGAGCGCACCUGCACUAGUUGCAGAACUCAGGGAAGGACCAGUCACCACGGUCAGGCGUAAAGAGGAAAAAGACUCAUGGGGAGCAGAAGUAGGGGCCAAAGAGGAAUUGAUGACAAUGACCGUGGAAGGGGGACGGGACGUCGUAAUGACAUUGGCCGAAACCUGGGCGCAAAAGGAGUGUCAGUACCUAGUCAACCUCACUCGGGAGGAGCAGGGUGCGGAUCAGAACGAACAAGAAUUCUUCCUCAUACAAAUGUAUGAGGGCGUUUUCAAAGAAAUCGGUUUGUUGCUUGUAGGGAACAAACAACCCACGGAAGU